AUGAAGAUGAGAAUCGACGAGGCUAACAUCGUGACUGUUGGGAACAUCGGAAGAACCGGAGGAUCGUGGCUGCUGUUUCAGUUGUUCUUAUUUAGGGUCGAACAAUAUUUCUCUUCUCCGACUCAUUUCCUAUUAUUCCAUGUUACUCCACAGUUGUUGCCACUCCGAGCGGUUGUUCUUUUUGUUAUUCCUCUGACCGAUAUCCUCCACCAAGAGUGUGAUUUUAGUUGUAUUCGUGUUUUGUUAGUGUGGGUGCGUAUAUUGAUCGUGUGGGGAGUUGAGGAGGUGUGUGUAUGUGUUUUGUUGGUCGGAAAAGCAAAGACAAUCUCCAUGGCAGCCAACCAUGGCGGCUGCCGCAUUUUUAAUGCCACUAGCCACCAUCUUCGGUGGUUGUAUAUGCAUGUGGGUCGUCGAGGAUUAAAGUCAAAAGAUUUCAUCAACCCAAUGCCGGAGGAGGAUGGAAAUUCUUGUGGUAUCGGAAGCUUCUUCGUGAAGCACAGUCUAAGUUCUUCAAACAGGUCAAUCGAUGUAAUCGAAAGUUACAACGAACCUGUAAUUCAACACUUCCGGAUUCGUUUCGAUUUGUAUGCAGGUAAUGCAGAAGUUAUUGAUAAGGAGCUCCAAUUUGAAGUUAUUAAGAUUCGUGAUCCUUGUUUUAAUUAUGAUUUCCCAUUACGGUUAUCAGAUAGAAACAUAGAGCACCUUUGCAAAUUACCAUCCUCAACUGUUGCAGUUGUGGAGCUAAUUUCUCGGAAAAAGCUCGUCUCGAAGAGCGUUAACGUGAGUAAUGCAAUCUUAGAGGAACUUCUUGUAAAUUCUCCACAACUUGAAAGGCUUUGUAUCCAUCGUUCCCUAUACUUGAUGCAUGUUGAAAUUGGUGGAAAAGCUCUUAACUUGAAACACUUAGAAAUAACAAACUGUUGUGAGGUUGAAUCCAUUUAUUUAUAUGAUUUUAACCUUAUAUCAUUCAUCUACAACGGUCAAGCCAUAGAUUUAGGUCUCACUGAUCUUCCAAAGCUUAAAGAACUGGAUAUUGGUCGAGGGCUUGCAGGGUUAAAAACUAAAGUAUUUGGGAAAAUAUCAACUUCUUUUUCGUACAUUCAAGCUCUUUCGUUCAAAAUAGGCCGACCAAAGCAAAGUUUAAUCCUUGCUUCCAUUCCUGAACUACCUAAUGUCAAGAACCUGAGGUUGACAAUUGGAACUCAUGAAGAUGACUCCCUGCUAGAGGUCGCUUCACUAGCCAACUCAUGUCCAAGUUUGGAGGCUUUUCUGAUUAAGCUCUUAUGGAUUUCACCGAUCAAUAGGAGAAGGGAUGUAAGGGGAGGUGCUACGCGACCCCAUGAACACUUGAAGCUAGUUGAGAUUCAUGGGUAUUAUGGUCGAGGGAGUGAUCUUGAACUUGUGGCUUACUUCAUAGACAAUGCUGUGGUGCGGAAGGAAAUUUUGAUAGAUCCUCGGUGCCAGGCUCAGAAGGGAACUCCAACAUCAAUGAUGUUCUCCAACAUGAAUGAGAAAGUUGCUAGAUAA